AUGAAUAUUACCAGCUUCGUGGUCCAGGGUCGGGACCAAGCCCUCUUGUAUGGGGACUACUCGACCUAUCACCGUCAGCUUGCCAAGCGGUUGUUGAGCGCUCGCAAGAAGCUUGGAAUUGUCACCAAAAACCGAGGCAAAUUUCAAAACCGAGGUCUCGCCAUAUCCGAGGCCGUGUCUUCUACGAACGACCAUGUGCAUUUGCUGCUGCUCACGAGCGAACGAGCUUGGGCGCAGGCCAUGAGCAUCAAGGCCUCGCGUACCGCUGCCAAGAAGGACAUCGCCGGACGUGCUAGAUCUCACAUUGUUUCCAGACUGACCAAAGCCGCCAAGACGGCCGAGGUCCUGGUCGACGCAUUGUCCACUUCUGCGUCCGGUGCGUCCAUUGUCGAUGUUCUCGAGGCGAAAUCCUAUGCCUCGUUGAUGCGUGGUGCCAUGUUUUUCGAAAAGAAAAACUGGGAGCUUUGCCUCGAAAACUACGCCGUCGCCAGGAUCGUCUACAGCGCCCUGGCCUCUCUUGGUCAGGGCGAUCUCUUCAAGGACCUCCUCUCUGAGACGAUAGACCCUUCCAUUCGCUACGCCGCCUACCAAUUGAAAACGCCGCGAAGUGUACCCAUCGCCUCGAUUGCCAAGAACUCGUUCCCUCGAUCCGAUGCCAGCCUCGUGCGAGAAAUUGACCGCAUCGACUCGAGCAUCCUCGCCCAGGGGGGCGACUCCUCCGCAUCCGGUGGCAAUGCAGACAACACUCCCAGAACCAUUACCUGGCGCUCCCGCGAGGUUCAAAUCGAAGACGCGCGGAUAUCGCUGGCCUGGGCCUCGGUGCAAACCGCAAAGACUCGCCUUGCCGACAACAUUGCCCAGUCUACCGAUCAGCAGCCUCACAAGCUCGCCGCUCACUACGACGAGGUCCUCAUGGCCACGCAGGACGCCGUGGAUGCCGCAAAGCAGUCCAUCGACGAACUCAAAGCAGAGGGCGUGGCCCAGAGCGACGCUCGGAUGCAGCGGCUGCAAAUCACCCGCACCGCUGUGAAUUACGAGAUGAUUAGUUGGCGCAUCGGACGAAACAGAGUUCUCACCGGCCAGCACGACGGCGCGCCGGAAGAAUACACUCAGCUCAGAAGGAAAAAGGCCAAGGCGACGGCAUCGGGAGACGCCGAUGCCCAGCAGAACAAGGCAAGAGAGCUCCCGCCGAGCAAAAAGCUUGCCAAGUUGAAGGAGAAGGUGGCCUUGUACGACGGUACCCUGCAGAACCUGGAGUCUGUCAAGGAACUGCCCGGAGUGGCUGCUGACGAAAGUCUGGCAACGAGCAUCUGUGGCUGCGCAAAGUACUUUGAAGCACUCAAAUGCCUUUCGAUUGCGCGAUCUCAUGCGAUUCUCGGAAACGCCCUCAACACUCUCGCAUUGAUCAACCAUGCCUACUCCAUGGUGCAGGAAGCAUCUUCCAAAAUACCACCACAGACAGACAACCACCACCAGCGACCCCUCAGCAUCGACGUCCACCCCGAAGCCGUUAGGUAUCUGGAGAAGCUCGUCAACGGUGAGCUCCAGCGCUACCGCGCCAUCGUCCAUCUCCACAACUUGCGCGACGCCGAACGCGCCGAAGCCGACGCCGAGGAGCCUAUUGAGCCACCUCUCAUCAAGAGACUGCACGUGUACCCACGUCGCAUCAACCCUCGCAAGAUCGUCGAGUUUCCCCCCAAGAUGGAACUGAUUCCCCUGAAGCCCAUCUUCCUAGACGUGGCGUGGAACUACAUCGAUUAUCCAAGUAGAAAGUAUGCAGAAGGAGCGUCGGGCUCAGCCCCACGCGGCUCAACCGCCGACCAGCCCGCCGCCCAAGGCGACCAGACAAAGAAGAAGGGAUGGUUUGGGUUCGGUCGUUGA